CUUCUUUCUAGAAUUCAUAAAAAAAAAUCCUGAAUCAGUCUUCCUAUUCCUCAAUAGACUCCUGAAUUAUCUUCUAUCUGUUUACCUAGAAUCAUGGGAACCCCUGAAUUUCCUGAUCUAGGUAAACAUUGCACUGUUGAAGAUUGUAAAUUAAUCGAUUUCCUCCCUUUUACCUGCGACAGAUGUAAUCAGGUAUAUUGUUUAGAACAUAGAAGUUUUGUUAAACACCAGUGUCCAAAUGCCAACAAGCAAGACGUUACUGUCGUUAUAUGCCCAUUAUGUGCCAAAGGAGUCCGUUUAAUCCCUGAUGAAGACCCUAAUAUCACUUGGGAGACGCAUGUUAACACUGAAUGUGACCCAUCAAAUUAUGAAAAAGCAACAAAGAAGAAAAAGUGCCCCGUCCCCAGAUGCAAAGAGAAUCUAACAUUUUCGAACACAAUUAAAUGCAGAGACUGCACCAUUGAGCACUGUCUGAAGCAUCGGUUUGGGCCUGACCACCAAUGUCCAGGACCUAAAAAAGCUACUUCUGGGUUCCCUUUCGUGAAUCUCUUGAAUAAGAGCCAGAAGGAUGGUACAAGACUAAGCCGAAAUUCAUCCUCUACGUCAUCAUCACCCACAUGGGUCACUGGCUUAAUGAAUGCAGCUUCUUCAGUUAAGGCAUCAUUUAAAACAGCUACGGAUGGGAUAGGGCAGAGCAGCAGUGGACAAACAGAAGAAUGUCCUCAGUGUCGGGCAAAGUUCUCUACUGUCACAGCUCUGGUGCAGCAUGUACAAAAAACCCACGAACGUGGAAAUCGAAGUGGUGGUGCUAACAAGGUGACAAUUGAUGUCUGCCCCAAGUGCAGUAGAGGUUUCCGAGAUCCAGUAGCAUUGGUGAAUCAUGUCGAGAAAGAUCAUGGUGGGACCUCUAGAGCGGGAAACUCUACCACCAUUAAUUAGAGUUCAUGGUCCUUAUUCAUCAAUUGUAUUUGUAUGUCAACAUUUUGUUGGUAUAGUUCUUUGGUGUCUGCUUCCAUUGAUUCAUCGGCAUUUGAUAUGUUCGAUCAUUUACAGUUACAUCCUCGUAGGAAAAAGAACAGAAACAGAAAUAUGACAAGUUCUUUGCAGAAAAAUGUGUUAUUGUUCGACUAUUUACUCUUUUAGUUCUUUUUUUGCACCUGGGUAGGCAAACUCUGCAUUUCAGGGAUACUGUAAACUAAAUCUGCGGGUUUGAGCAGGGGUCUUUUGAAGUGGGAAUCAAAAUAACAGAAGCAAAGAAAGUUGAAAAGCU